UGAGAAGCAGGAAGGUGACAAAAGUAUAUAUUCAUACCGGUGACGACAUCUUACAUCUUAGCCCAACCUCGUGACACUGGGAUUUGGGAUAGGGCGACGUUGGGUGAGUGCAUGAUGACACGAGAUGGGCCGGUGAAAAGGCCAAGAGAUUGGAGCAAUAAAUAAAAUCUUUGCAGGGACACUGAUGAGUCACUGACGCAGAAAGAUGUGGCGGUGCAGUAGCAGCCGUCCCCCAUCUCUGAGAGGAGAGUGUGAGCUGCUAGUGAAGAGUGGUGGGUCUGAAUGCUUGGAUAGGGUUCCAGUCCAGCCUUGGGACCUCUGUUUGACCACCCCCAGUUUAUACAACCAAAAGGGGAGUGGUAGCAUUAGUUUGGAGCUUUGGAGUUUGGGGUGUUUAGGGGGCACACAUCUCGAGAAAUAGCUAGGUUUAUUUUACUGUUGUGUUUACUAUACUGCCUGUCGUAAAAGGGAACUUUGUGUAAUAAAAGGGUCAUGUGAUUUAACAAAGAGAGAUCUGUAAAGACUAAAAAAGAGGAUGGGACUCUUUUUCUGUCUAGAACAAAAGGUCGUCAUGGUAUGUUGGUGCAAGCCCUAUUUGUGACUGGGUGAAUUUCUACUGUAGUACUUGCAACCUGCUUUGUGUUUACCCAUUGAUGAAUAGGCAAAGCAUACUACUAUAAAUACUUUCUAACAAAGGGUUUUGGAAAGAAAAUGCGACUGGCCAGAGAAACUGGCUUGUGGACGACUCAUGAGUCAUGUCUAAAGAACUUACCUAAAUGACACGACCUGACAGCGUGCUAACAGAUCUCUCUUCUUAUUAGCUAGUAUGCCAGUCCAAAUGCUCUAGUGUUCAGUGUUCUCUUCUCCCCCUCACUCUCUCCUGUCUCGCUCCCCCCUCCUUCCCCAGUCCCUCCAUCUCACUCUCACCCACCAGAGUACCAGAGAAGCACAGAGACUCAGAGAGGGAGAGAGAGAGGAAGAAUGGAGUAUGAAAGGAUUCACAAGGUUCAGGCUGGUGCACUUUCUCCGACAAAGCUAAGGAUGAAGCUUCUGGGAACUCACAAUCGUGUGAGGGUCAUCAGCAACAGCUCAUCACGGACAUCACCUUCGAAGAACACUGAACCAUCGCAAGCACAGAACAGACUAUUAGUUUGUGAUGUUCUUGAAGAAGCAGUUUCAGGCAGCUCUGAUGGAUCCAAAUGCUCCUCAGCAAUCAACAAAACUGAAGCUUUAGAGAAGGAUCCACCAUUGGACAUCAACAAGGUUGAGGACAUGACCAAAAGUUCAGUUCAGCAACCUGCAUCAAGCAACUCAAGCAUGAUACAUCCAGUUCGAACCAUAGAAGAAGAGAGUAAUGACUGUGAUAGUGGUAUUGACAAUGCUAGUACCAGUAGUUUCGAGUUCCAUGGAGGAGAGAAAACAGCAGCGCAGAAUCCAACAUCAGGAUAUUUCUCGAGACAGACUUCCUCCAAGUGGAAUGAUGCUGAGAAAUGGAUUGUUAAUAAGCAAAAUGUUCAACAAAAUAUCUCUAAGGGCGCACCACAGAACCAGAGUGCACAGCAGAUGAAUUCAGCUGCAGGCAGGGGUUUUAUUGUGCCCAAAAUUUCAAACCGAAACAUAAUUCCUCGCCCCAUGCAGAACAUGAAAAGACCGAGUCCAGCUUCUUCCGCUUCUCGAAGCAUAUUAGAGAGGUUAUCUUUUGGUUCACAUCAACCAAAGUUGGUUAGGCAUGCAGAUGUCUGUACAGUUAAUAAUGCUGGUGUCACCUCAGAGUAUCAAACAAAGGCAACCGAUAACAGUUCAUCAAUUGAAAUAAGGCCCUACAAAGAUCCCAAAGCUAUUCCUGCAGUUCAUUCGGUGUCCGUGAGAGAUGUGGGCACAGAAAUGACUCCCAUACCGAGUCAGGAUCCUUCAAGGACAGGAACUCCACUUGGAUCAAUGACACCAACUCGUAGCCCAAAUUGCUCUAUACCAUCAACUCCUGUAGGAGGACGGUCAACAGCAUCACCAGGAGAUGACAACACAGAUGAUGGACCAUAUUUCAACAGAAAAGGUGGCACAAAUGAAAUAUCAGACGAUGAAAUGAGAUUGAAGACAAGGAAAGAAAUUGCCGCCCUGGGUAUACAACUAGGAAAGAUGAACAUUGCUACAUGGGCUAGCAAAGAGGAGCUAGAACUAGUCUCUGCAUCCCCAAGCAUUGCUGAUUUGGAGCGGAUGAAGAAAGAAUAUGCAGCUCGUGCAGCAGCAUAUGAAGAAGCAGAAAAUUUUAAGCAUACAGCAAGAUUCAAGAAGGAAGAGUUGAAGAUUGAAGCAUGGGAGAGCCUUCAAAAAGCAAAAAUAGAAUCUGAAAUGAAGAGAAUAGAGGAACAUGCAGAGAAAUUGCGAAGCGAAGCCAUGGCGAAGAUGGCUGAAAAGCUAGAAAUGACACGGCGUUUAGCUGAAGAGAAACGAGCCUCAGCCAAUGCAAGGAUGAACCAACAAGCAGCAAAGGCGGUUCACAAGGCUGAGCUGAUUCGCCAGACAGGACGAGUUCCAGGGUCAUGUAUCCUAUGCUGCAGUGGUUGCUUCUGUCAACACUAGUGUAUGCUUGACAAUUAGGGAGUUAAAUAUGGUCGUGAAAAAUCUAAACCCCAUGUUCUAUAAUCAGCAUUCCUUGGUUUUAGUAUGGAAAGGAAUGUCUGAUACUUUGAUUAGGUAUUCAGAUGUACAAAUUCUUGCUUGUCAUAAAAGUCAAUCCAAUGCUUACAUUUGCUUGGUCGGCUACUCGGUUAAAGAACACUUGGUUGUUGCUCAACGAAUUGAAUCAUUGGAAAAUGACGAGCAUUUCUUGACUA